AUGGCUGCCACCGAAACCCUUCUUGAGGUCAUUGAUAAAGAUGGUGACUUGAUCCUGGCAGUCGGGAUUGACGAAGACCCCGACGAGAUGACAGAUCGUGAGGGACGCGCGCCACAAGAGUUGGUAGCCAUGGAGGAGGAUCUUUGGGGAGAACCUGGUCCAAGCUAUGGACGUACUGGUCAUCCCAAUGGAGAUGAAAUCAGCAUAAGUGACUACGACGAGUCAGACCUCACUGGGCAACCAAGACUUCAAGAUUUGAGGAGCCAAGAGGAGGAACUUGGGAGAGAGACUAGUUCAAGCUCUCGACACUAUGUUCGUCUCCUGGUGUCGUCGACGUUCCUCACGCAUGCUUCUCCAGUCUUCAAAGUCAUGUUGGAUGGUCGGUUUGCAGAAGGACAACUCACGCUUUCGAAGCAGAACCCUCCUACCAUCGCACUACCAGAAGAUGAUCCUGAUACUGUUGCUUUGCUCUGCAAGAUCUUGCACCUGAUCGGCGACAUUUAUCAGCGAGUAACGGGCAAGCAAUUGAUCAAAUUGGCGGUCAUCAGCGACAAGUACAACUGCUCCAGGUCUCUCGUUCCAUGGUUUCGAGGCCAACUCCAUCAAUUCACAAUCCCGGCAACUGGCAUUUUCGAUCAAGUGGCCCUGGAUAGGCGUGAGAUGAGUCUAGAACAGGUUAUCUUGAUUUCUUAUCUCAUUGACGAUAACGAAAUGUUUGCAAAAUCCACCGAAACCUACUAUCGGGAGAAGAGCCGUGAGCAGAUUCAGAUAAGUCUGAAGUUAGUUGUUGACGGUUGGAUACAAUCCGAUCUCGUAGCAACAAUCCAAAACUGGCAAGACUAUUUCCUUGACCGAGCCGCUCAGAUUGGCGGUGACGUGCUUGAGAGCGUUGUCAAGCAGAUGAACAUGGCGGAUCACGAAGGGUCUAGCUAUGACAAGAGCAGCAGCAGCUUCGCCUUGUGUCCAGGACACGCACAACGUUUGGGAGCUCUGAGCGCCGUCCUCACCUUACGGGGGCUGUGGCCCAACAGCAAUCGAUGCAACAAGAGCGUAAGUGGUAUGAUGAGAGAGUGGGAAGAUGUGGGAGCCAUCAAUUUUCAUGACGACAGAACACCGAUGCCCGUUCGUGGCGGUACCUGGGGUCCGUGCAUGUGCGCAGAUAGGCUCAACAUCAACACUGAGCUGGAGUUGCGAAUCAUUCGACUGGAGUUUGAUCUCAGAGGCGGCAUCUGUUUACCUUGCUUCAAGCGGAAAGGAAGGGUCGAGACACCUGCAGAGUGUCCCAAUAUGAUUACUCACAAACUGUGGCCACAUUGUGUCUUGAACGCUGAAAAUGGACUCGGUAAAAAUGGAUCUGGUUGAGCAUGGCAUAGCAACGGGAUUGGAUUUCAGUUAGUCUUGACGAAGCUACGGACGGCAUGUUACGAUGUGAUCGGCACUGGCGACUGUUGAGUGUAUCAAAGGUCUGAGUGUGAAACAGGAUGUGACUUGAUUUGAAAAGGGAAUGAUUGAGCGACGAGUGUUACAAAAAAGCAUUGUUCGACAUGGUCUUAUCACAAGGCUAGUGAGAACCAGACGUGUGUACAGAGUAUCAACAGACU